CCGCGGGCGCUGUCCGUCAGGCGCGCGGGGCGGGGCCGGCGCCGCCCGCGGGCCAGCAGGGUGCGUUGCGCCGCGCGGUGUCUGAGGCGGCGGCUCCGCUCCGCGCCCGCCGCGCCCGCUCCCGCCGGUACCGGAGAUUUGUCCUUUCCCCCUGCAGCGAGUGCCCUGUGUGCCACAGGAGCUGGGGACACGUGCCCAGGAGCAGUCGAGGAAUCCAGAAAAAUUCCAGGAAUCCCCACGAGAACGAGGCUGCUCUGCAGUGGGAAGGACUCUGCGGUGCUGCCCGGAGCUGAUGGCAGACAAUGUCCACCACUAACAACAUAGCGCAGGCCCGCAAGCUGGUGGAGCAGCUCCGCAUCGAGGCCGGGAUCGAGAGGAUCAAGGUCUCCAAAGCAUCCUCGGAGCUGAUGAAUUACUGUGAGCAGCAUGCUCGGAAUGACCCGCUGCUGGUGGGAGUUCCUGCUUCUGAGAAUCCCUUUAAGGACAAAAAACCCUGCAUCAUCCUAUAGCUGCGGAUCCCUCGGGAAGGGAAUCCCCAUCCAGCCUCUGGAUCCAGGCUCCUCCACACCUCCACCUGCACCCAGGGGUAAAAACUCAACGCUGGCUUCAAACAGAACUUAAAAAUCCCGAGAAAAACAAAAAAAAACCGAAAAAAAUCCCCCAAAAAACACCCAAAAACGUAAAUUUGGAAGCGGGGGUUUUUAGGGAAGGGGCGGCUGCUUCAUGGGGAGGAAAGUGGGAUUAGGAAUUGGAAUCAGGAUUUUAAAAUUUACCCAGGGUUGAGGGAGGAAAGGAAGGAGGGGGGGAUUUUUUAAUUGGGAUAUUUGGAUUUGGGAAAGGGGUGGUGGAGGAGGAGGUGGGGGGGUCAUUCCCAGUGGGAUGUGAGAGCUGGACCUGGAUCCAAUCAGAGCCAGAUCAGCAGGAAUUUCCUCUGGAGGAGGGGUGAGGUGGGAAUAAUUUUGUAGAAAAUCAGUACAAAAAAAAACCCAAAAAACUCAAAAAAACCCCAAAUCCAGCUGGAAAAAUCCCUGUUGGGAAUGGCCAGAGGGAGGCUGGGGAGGCUUUUCCCUGCAUCCCAGGGCUCUGCUGGGAUCCAGGGAUGGCCCUGUGGGGGAAUUCCCAGCUGGGAGAGAUCCCAGGAGGAAUUUUAGGGAGCCCCAGGGAUGGGGGAGGCCAGGAUCUCUGUGCUGUCCCCAAAUUCAGGGAGGGAGGGAAGGGAAGGGAAGGAGCUUCCUGGUGCAUCCAGAAUCUUGGAAAAAUCGACUUUUUUGGGGGAGUUUCAACCCGAAUCAGCAAAUUCCCAGCGUUUCCCAUCUCCCUUUUCCACACUGGAAUUCUUCCCACUAAAUCCAGAGCCUGGGAAAUGCCCAGGGAAGUUUAGGGCAGGGGAGGGGGAGUGGAGGGACCAGUUCUGUUCCCAUCCCUUGGGAAUCUGGGACUGGGAUUGAACUGGGAGUGCCUGGAUCUCACAGGGAUGAACCCAGCACGGAGGGGAGAGCAGGGGAAGGGGAACAGGGAAAGGGGAACAGGAAAAGGGAGCAGGGAAAGGGGAACAGGAAAAAGGGAGAAGGAAAAGGGGGAUCUGGAAAAGGGGGAGCAGGGAAAAGGGAGAAGGAAAAGGGGAGCAGGGAAAGGGGAGCAGGGAAAGGGGGAACAGGGAAAGGGGAACAGGAAAACAGGAGCAGGGAAAGGGGAACAGGGAAAAGGGAGAAGGAAAAGGGGAGCAGGGAAAGGGGGAACAGGGAAAGGGGAACAGGAAAACAGGAGCAGGGAAAGGGGAACAGGGAAAAGGGAGAAGGAAAAGGGGAACAGGAAAACGGGGAUCUGGAAAAGGGAGAGCAGGAAAAGGGGAGCAGGAAAACAGGAAAAAGAGGAGCAGGAGAUGCUUCCAUGGAGCCCCUGUGUGCUCAGGAGAGCUCCGGGAAUUCCGUGGAGUGGCCACUGGAUCUGUGGGGAAGGGACAGAUCCCGGGAUUCAGGUGCAGUGUCCGAGCCCAAUCCAUGGCCCCAGGGCCCAUCCUGGGGCUCAGCAGCUCCUGGGGGACAUUCCCAGAUCCCAGAAUCCCAGAAUCCCAGAAUCCACGAGGAUGGGAAAGAUUUCCCAAGACCUCCAUAGGGAGAGGCCAUUCCCAGUUAUCCCGAGCACAGGUUUUUGGGAAGAAAGGAAUAAAACCAACCCAGCCACACCUCGUGUGAAAUCCUGGGAGUUUCCCCAUUCCCCCCAAAGCUUUGGAUUGGUUUAGGAAUGUCAGGGAUCCCAUCAGGGGACAGGGAGCAAUUCCCACGGGAAAGGAUUUGCAAUUCCCAUGGGAAAGGAUUUGCAAUUCCCUGGAUUCCCACUGAACCCCCCAGCCCACACUGGUGCUGCUGGGCACCGGGAGCUGCUCCAGCCCUUUCCAGAGGGGGAUGGAAUUCCCGGGGCUGCAGGGAUGUCGCUGCUCCUUCUUUUCAGUUUUGGACACUAAAGCUGUGCAGCUUUUCCUGGGAAUGCUCCCAGGAAUUCCAGGGCUCGGGAAUGUCCCCCAUCCCCUGGGGGGGAGCAGAGCAGGGAAAACGGGAGCAUUUCCCAGGAAUUUCCCUGGCUGCCCCUCUGUCCCAGCAAAGCCUUUUCUGGAGGGUUUGAUCCCAAAUCCCAAAUCCCAAAUCCCAUCCCGCUCCAAGCCCCGCCCGCCGGGAAUCGCGCGGCCGCUCCCGAGUCCAGCCCGGGAUUCCUUCUCCAGGAGGGAAUUCCCUCCUGUCCUUAAUCUCUCGGACAGUUCCAGCCUUAUUUUUCUACUCCAGAUCUGAUUCUUCCUCUGUGUUCGAGACCAGAGCUUGGUGCUAUCCUUGGAGCCGGGGCUGGAGCCGGGAAUUCUUCCUCCCCCCCUCCUCCUCCUCCUCCUCCUCAGGGGCUCCAACCCCCCCCCGUCCCAUCCCGGGAGAAUCCCCUGGGAUGUGAAUCCCGAGGGAUGCGGGGUCAGAAGCUUUGGGGUCGCUCUGCCUCCCCCACACCGGGGUCAAAGGAGCGGGAGAAGGGAAAAGGGAAAAGGGGGAAGGGAAAAAGAGCCAGGAAAAGGGGGAAGGGAAAAAGAGCCAGGAAAAGGGAUGGGAGAAGGGAAAAGGGAAAUGGGGAAAGGGGAAAAGGAGCCAGGAAAAGGGAUUGGAGAAAGGAAAAGGGAAAAGAGAAAUGGGGAAAAGGGAAAAGGAGCCAGGAAAAGGGAUUGGAGAAAGGAAAAGGGGAAAGGGGAAAAGAAAAGGGAGAAGGGAAAAGGGGAAAAGGGAAAAAGAGCCAGGAAAAGGGAUGGGAGAAUGGAAAAGGGGAAAGGGGAAAGGAAAAGGGAGAAGGGAGAAGGGAAAAGGGGGAAGGGGGAAGGGAAAAGGGAAAAGGGGAAAAGAGCCAGGAAAAGGGAUUGGAGAAGGGAAAAUGGAAAAGGGAAAAGGGGGAAGGGAAAAGGGGAAAGGGGAAAGGAGCCUGGAAAAGGGGAAAGGGAGAAGGGAAAAAGGAAAAGGGAAAAGGGGGAAAGAGCCAGGAAAAGGGAUGGGAGAAAGGAAAAGGGAAAUGGGGAAAGGGGAAGAGGGAAAAGGAGCCAGGAAAUGGGAUGGGAAAAGGGAAAUGAAAGGGGAAAAGGAGGCAGGAAAAGUGGCAAGGAGCUGGGGGAAAAAGGGAAAGGAGCAGGGAAAAGGGGUUGGGAGAAGGGAAAGGGGAGAAGGGGAAAGGGGAAAGGAGCCAGGAAAAGAGGUUUGGAAAAGGGAAAAAGGGGUUGGGAGAAGGGAAAAGGAGAAGGGAAAGCAGCUGGGAAAAGUGAAAAGGAGCCAGGAGAAGGAAAAGGGUCAGGGAGAAGGGAAGAGGAAUGGGAGAAAAGGGAUGGGAGAUGGGAAAAGGAGCCAGGAAAAGGGGCAGGGAGCAGGGAAAAGGGGUUGGGAAGAGGGAAAAGGAACCAGGAGAGGGGGCAGGGAGCUGGGAGCAAGGCUUGGAGCAUCUCCCAUGGGAUCCCACAGGGAGCUGGGGUGGGAGCUGCUGGCAGGCGCUGGUGUCUCCAUGGGUGACUCGUUUUUGUUGGGAAAAAAAAUCCUUAAUUUUUCUUUUCUUUUUUUUUUUUUUCUUUUUUUUCCCCCUUUUUUUUUUUCCCAGAAUUUUCUCCAUGUCCGAGUAAAUCCGUGCUCAUGCUGUGGGUGUUUUUGUAUGGCAGAAAUAGAAGUGCAGAUUCCCAGUAGUUGCUUGUACUUUGUUUAGUGCAUUUGCCAAAUAAAUUUAUUUUAAAAAAAUUUUGAAAAGAAAAAAAAAAAGGAAAAAUGAGGAAAAAACCCACAAAAAAAAAAAAAGGGAAAAAGGAGGGGGAAAAAACACAAAAAAAAGACUUCUCAGAAGUUUUUAAGUGCUGGAAGGGGGAGCAGAAGGAGCUGGAGCCCAGCUCCACAAAAGCCUUUUUUUUUGGGAUUUAACCACAUGCCCAGAUCUGCCCGGCCUUUCUUUAUGGGAUGUGGUGAAGCCAGUGCCAAAAAUAGAAAUCUGGGAAUAAAAGGGCCAGGGAAACAUCGCUCCUGUUCCAGCUUCCCUCCCUUUGCCUCGCCCUCCCUCCCUGCCUGGGGAUGGAGCCGGGACACCCCGGAGCCUCUGGCUCUCCCAAAUGCCCCUUUUUAUUUCCCCCCCUAAAAUCCUUCAAAAUCCACCUUUAUUUAACAAAAUCCAAUAAUUCAUUUACUCCGAGCCCACGUGGGAUCCUUGGCUCUCCUCGUUUUCUCCUCUCUGGUCUAUCAUUCAGAUGCUCAUUAAUUAUUAUUAUUAUUAAUUAUUAUUAUUUGCCAAACUCUGAUCUCGUUGCCAAACUCCACUCCAGGUUUUUCCCAGCCCGUCCUUAGGAAGUGCUCGGUGUCUGUGCCGUAGGCUCCUCAUCCGUCUGCAAUUCCCUUUUGUUUUUAUUUUUUUGGGAUUGUUUUGUUGAUUUUUCCCUUUCUCGUGUGCCAUGGCCCCGCCCCCUCCUCGCACCGUGUUUAAUAUUUCGUGGAAUCGUUGUUCCCAAGUGAAUGGAUAACACAAUAAAAAAGGCUCACUUUGCA